AUGGGCUUAAAUGCCAAAGAAACCAAGCUCGUCGAUAUCGCCAGAGAUACCAUCAACGCAAUCCCAAGGUCAAGUACCCACAGUGUCUCCAGCGCAGCCCUCUCAAUCAGCGGCCAGGUUUUCACCGCCGUGAACGUGUUCCACUUCACGGGCGGACCAUGUGCCGAGCUGGUAGUCCUCGGUGUAGCCGCCGGAGCCGGGACUCCGCGCCUCUCGCAUAUUGUCGCUGUUGGCGAAGACGGCCACGACGGAAUCAUCCUCAAUCCCUGUGGUCGGUGUCGACAGGUGCUGUAUGAUUUGCAUCCUGGAAUUCGGGUUAUUGUGCAGAAGGGCGGGAAGGCGGAAUCUGUCCUUAUUGAUGAGUUGCUACCUUAUGCUUAUGAGCCUAGGGAGUGA